AUGGAUUCGUUGCGUGAGCAAGUUAUGAUAAAUCAAUUUGUAUUAGCGGCUGGAUGUGCUCGAGAACAGGCCAAACAGUUAUUACAAGCUGCCCAUUGGCAAUUUGAGACGGCUCUUUCAAUAUUCUUCCAAGAGGUGGCUAUCCCAUCAGCAAAUGGUAUUGCUACACAACAUUAUCCACAGCAACUCAUGACGCCAUGCAAUACUCCUGCUACUCCACCCAACUUUCCGGAUGCCUUGGCAGCUUUCUCAAGAUUGUCUACCACUGGAAGCCCAAAUAAUGCAGGUGGUGUUAGUGGAAUGGCACCACCAGUAUCCCCAUUGGCCACUCACCCCCCAGGGCAAGCAAAUUCAUUUACAAGCUCGUCCAACACCCAAACUACUAAUUAUUCACCACUUUCUUGCUCAACUGCGGUAUGCAGAGAACAGAUGCCAAGAUAA